AUGGAGCGGUACGGCUCCAACAACGCCUCCUGCUCGGGCAGGUUCAUGUCCGGGCCGGCUGGCAAUAUGGCAGAGCCCAUGGACAGGUUGGCGGCGAGCGGCUCCUCGAUGCGCCGAUGCUCCUCGAGGAGGUCAACAUUGUAUGCCCCGUCGGCAUGUGCAUUUCCUGGAAAACACGGCAAAGGACAGAAAACAAUUAGCUACAUGGCUGAGCAGGUAGUAGGAACUGGUUCAUUUGGGAUUGUCUUCCAGGCCAAGUGCUUGGAGACUGGAGAGACCGUGGCCAUCAAGAAGGUGCUGCGGGACCACCGUUACAAGAACCGUGAGCUGCAGCUUAUGCGCUCCAUGGACCAUCCCAAUGCCGUCUCUCUGAAGCACUGCUUCUUCUCGACCACAAGCAGGGAUGAGCUGUUCCUGAACCUUGUCAUGGAGUAUGUCCCUAAGACUCUAUACCGUGUGCUCAAGCACCACAGCAAUGCCAACCAGCGGAUGCCGCUUAUCUAUGUCAAGCUUUACAUGUAUCAGCUUUUUAGAGGGUUAGCUUAUGUCCAUACUGUUCCAGGAGUUUGCCACAUGGACGUGAAACCACAAAAUGUUUUGGUUGAUCCUCUAACCCAUCAAGUCAAGAUCUGUGACUUUGGAAGUGCAAAAGUUCUCGUACGUUGA